AUGCAUUACAAACGUCACAUCGUUCUAACACUUUACUGGUGGGCAUGGACAUGUGCCGAGCUUUUUACUGCGAUAUCCGACUUGGAGCCGUUACUGGAGACCCAGAAAUUAAUUAUCGACGACUUGAAUGAUUAUGUUCAAAAUGAGGAGAAAAGACUUGGCAUUUUAAAAAAACAAAUAAAUGCAUACAGAAGGGAACACGAGAUGGCGAUGGCGGACAUCGACAACUAUUUGGGCAAUCCCAUCAACGCAUUCACUCUCAUCAAGCGACUCACUACAGACUUUGAAUUUAUACAAAAUAGAAUUAAACUCAGCACAGAAUACGUUGGGAACAAGACAUCAAACAGUAGGGAUGUGAGAUACCCCACCGAAGAGGACCUGACGGGCGCUGCGCAGGCUCUUACUCGGCUACAGAAAACGUAUAAGUUGGAUAUAGGAGAACUCGCAAAAGGGAGAUUGAAUGGAAUCAUUUAUAGUACACCAUUAACUGCCAGUGAUUGCUACGAGCUCGGUCGUAUAUUGUACAACAUCAAAGAUUACAAGAACUCUUUACGCUGGAUGGAAGAGUCCCUUCUCAAAUACAAAGAGGAAAAUGAAGACUACAACUUUACAGAAGUCGAUAUUUUGGAAUACAUAAGCUAUUUGUAUUACCUCUUAGGUGAUGGUCAAACAGCAUUAGAGUGGGCCACUAAACUUUUUAUCAUCGAUCCUAAACAUCAACGCGCUCUGAGCAAUAUUCCAUAUUACCUUAUGAAUAUUGCAGAAAAGAAAGAGAAGCUUCAAAAUAAUAACACUGAGCCGAUUGUCAAAGAAACAUUUUUACAGAAAGAGAAAAAAGUGUACGAAGCACUUUGCCGUGGUGAGAUGGAUGUACCGAGUCAAAUAAGUAGAAAACUUACAUGCAGUUUUUUAACAAAAAAUCAUCCGUUUCUGAAGCUGGCUCCGAUAAAGAUGGAACAAAUAUAUAUAGCACCUGACGUGUUCUUGUACCAUGAAGUGAUGAGCGAUGAGGAGAUCGAGCACAUCAAAGACAUGGCCAGGCCCAGAUUCAAGCGUGCCACGGUCCGCAGUAAGACUGGAGGAGUUAUGACAUCGGACUACCGCAUCAGCAAAUCGGCGUGGCUGAAAGACGAGGAGUCAGAUGUGGUGUCGCGCGUGUCGCGACGUGUGGCAGACUUCACCGGUCUCACCAUGGACACCGCCGAGGAGCUGCAGGUCGUUAACUACGGCAUCGGGGGACAUUACGACGCCCAUUAUGAUUUUACGCUGAAAAUCGAUUCAUCUCAUGAAUUUGCCAACGGAAAUAGAAUCGCUACAGUUUUAUUUUAUAUGUCGGAGGUGGCUCAGGGGGGCGCAACUGUGUUCACGGAGCUGGGACUGAGCGUGUUCCCGGUGAAGAGGUCCGCGCUGGUCUGGUGGAACCUGUACCCGUCAGGAGAGGGCGACCUCUCGACACGGCACGCCGCCUGCCCCGUACUGCGCGGCUCCAAGUGGGUUUCCAAUAAAUGGAUCCAUGUAGUCGGUCAAGAAUUAAUUGCGCCGUGUAAUCUGGAAUACCAACGAGAAGAGGUUAUGCGGAAACUUAUUAAAGCCAAGCCUAGAGCAAAAGAAUAG